AUGGGAAUGCAGUGUGGAAACCCUUUAUUUGUUUCUUCCUUUACCAGGUGUGUCAUCUGUCACUCUGGAUACAAGGCAUGUGAGUAUAAGGGAUAUGGAAAGAAGCAUUGUAGUUCUGUCUCUCUCAGAACAAUUGGAAGAUAUGUGGUAGUCCCCACUGUAAGAAUACAUGAUGACUGUGAUACAAGUUUACAAUUAACUGAUGUUCCAACUUCAGUGGGAAUUCAUCUACAAACUCUCAUUGGAGAAAAUGAGGACCAGGAAUAUGGAAAUUCAUUUCUCUCUUCUGGUUCACUCUGCACAUAUAGUGUAGCUCACUGUAUAAGAAAAUGUUAUAAAUGCAAUCAGCAUGGUCCAACUCUGAGUUCUUCAUGUUCUCUUCAAAGAUGUGAAAAAAAUCAUGUGAUUAGAGAAAAUAAUAAAUGUGAGUCAUCUACUAAAGGCUUUAGCCAUUACAGGCGUCUUCAAACACAGCAAACACCUAAUAAUGAAGAGAAUCUCUAUGAAUACAAUCAAUGUGAUAAAGCCUUUAGAUGUGAUUGCUCUUUAAAACACCGAAGAACUCAUUUGAAAGGAAAACCCUGUGAGUAUAAUCAAAGAUAUAAAGGCUGUGCAUGUCACAGUCUUCAUCAAGUACAUAGAAUUCCAACUAGGGAGAAAAGGUGUGAAUAUCAGCAAUGUGAUAAAGCCUUUGAAUGUCCCAUAAUACAUAAUAGAAAUUACACUGGAGAGAAGCCCUAUGAAUGUAAUCAAUGUGGCAAAGCCUUUAGAGGGAAGAAUAGUCUUCUAAGUCAUGAAAGAAUUCAUACUGGAGAGAAACUUUAUGAAUGUAAUCAAUGUGGUAAAGCAUUUGCAUAUAACAGCCAUCUUCUCAGUCACUUAAGUCAUACUGGAGAGAAAUCUUAUGUAUGUAAUCAAUGUGGUAAAUCAUUUGAACAGAUGUGUGAUCUUCACACACAUGAAAUAAUUCAUCCUGGAGAGAAACCCUUUGAAUGUAAUCAAUGUGGUCAAGCCUUUGUACAGAAGAGUGUUCUUCACAGACAUGAAAUAGUACAUACUGGAGAGAAACCCUAUGAAUGUAAUCAAUGUGGUAAAGCCUUUGCAGAGAAGAGAAGUCUUCAGAGUCAUGAAAGAUUUCACACUGGAGAGAAACCGUAUAAAUGUAAUCGAUGUGGUAAAGCCUUUGCACAGCAGAGUCAUCUUCAUAGACAUGAAAGUCUUCAUACUGGAGAGAAACCCUAUGAAUGUAACCAAUGUGGUAAAGCCUUUGCACAGAAGAGCUACCUUCUCAGUCAUGAAAGAAUUCAUUCUGCAGAGAAACCUUAUGCAUGUAAUCAAUGUGGUAAAGCUUUUUCAUAUAAUAGCCGUCUUCUCACUCACUUAAAAACUCAUACUGGAGAGAAAUCCUAUGAAUGUAAUGAAUGUGGCAAACUCUUUGCACAGAAGAGUUAUCUUCUGAGUCAUGAAAGAAUUCAUACUUUAGAGAACCCUUAUGCAUGUAAUCAAUGUGGUAAAGCUUUUUCAUAUAAUAGCCGUCUUCUCACUCACUUAAAAACUCAUACUGGAGAGAAAUCCUAUGAAUGUAAUGAAUGUGGCAAACUCUUUGCACAGAAGAGUCAUCUUCUCAGUCAUGAAAGAAUUCAUACUGGAGAGAAACCCUAUGAAUGUAACCAAUGUGGUAAAGCCUUUGCACAGAAGAGUCAUCUUCUCCGUCAUGAAAGAACUCAUACUGGAGAGAAACCCUAUGAAUGUACUCAAUGUGGUACAGCCUUUGCACAGAAAAGUAGUCUUCAAAGUCAUGAAAGAACUCAUACUGGAGAGAAACCCUAUGAAUUUAAUCAAUGUGGAAAAGCUUUUGCACAGAAGAGUCAUCUUCUCCGUCAUGAAAUAUUUCAUACUGGAGAGAAACCCUAUAAAUGUACUCAAUGUGGUAAAGCCUUUAGAGGCAAGAAUAGUCUUCUCAGUCAUGAAAGAACUCAUAGUGGAGAGAGACCCUAUGAAUGCAAUCAAUGUGGUAAAGCAUUUGCACAGAAGAGUCAUCUUCAUAGACAUGAAAGUCUUCAUACUGGAGAGAAACCCUAUGAAUGUAAUCAAUGUGGUAAAGCUUUUUCACAGAAGAGUCAUCUUCAACGUCAUGAAAGAAUUCAUAGUGGAGACUAUGAAUGUAAUCAAUGUGGUAAAGCCUUUAUAGACAAUUGUCAUCUUCUCAGUCAUGAAAGAAUUCAUACUGGAGAGAAACCCUAUGAAUGUAACGAAUGUGGCAAACCCUUUACACAGAAGAGUCAUCUUCAUAGACAUGAAAGUCUUCAUACUGGAGAGAAACCCUAUGAAUGUAAUCAAUGUGGUAAAGCCUUUGCACAGAAAUGUAGUCUUCAAAUUCAUGAAAGAAUUCAUAGUGGAGAAAAACCCUAUGAAUGUAAUCAGUGUGGUAAAGCAUUUGCACAGAAGAGUCAUCUUCUCAGUCAUGAAAGAAUUCAUAAUGGUGAGAAACCCUAUGAAUGUAAUCAAUGUGGUAAAGUCUUUGCACAGACGAGUCAUCUUCAUACUCAUGUAAGUCUUCAUACUGGACAGAAACCCUAUGAAUGUAAGUAAUGUGGUAAAGUCUUUGGAGAGAAGAGAAAUCUUCACAGACAUGAAAUAAUUCACACUCGAAAGAAACCCUGUGAAUGUAAUGAAUGUGGUAAAACCUUUGUGUUGAAGAGUCAUCUUCUCAGUUAUGAAAGAAUUCAUACUGGAGAGAAACCCUAUGAAUGUAAUGAAUGCGGCAAAACCUUUGCAUAGAAGUCAUCUUCACAGUAAUGAAAAAAUUCAUACUGGACAAUACCAUAUGGAUAUAAUCGAUAUGGUAAUUUCAGAUGUAAUCUACCAUCUGGUUGCUGGAAACUGAAUGUCUACAAGAUGUAUUUGCUGCAGUCCAGCUCUAUAGGGGUUCACGUCCCUAAGAGGAGAUGGAGCAUUAGCAAAGGAAGGAGACUGCCAUGAUCUUAGCGUGAAUCAGCAUGGCUGCUGCUUUAUGGAAAAAGGACUAUACCCUUUAUCCUGUGUAACUGAAUCUCAGUUGAGAGUAAAGCAAGGUUAAAAGACUUGAUGAUCUAGUAUAAAAGCAGCCAUCAACCUCAUUACAGAAUUUUUCUUGAGGCAAACGUGAUGAAUCCAGCAAGUAUCUAAAUGCCUUUCUUGAUGGGAGUCCAUUGUUCCCUUCCAGUGUGCUUUCAUCCUUGGAACUAGGUAUGCCCAGUAAGUAAAUCAUUAAGUUCUCUAUUCUUGGUGUAAUCAGGGGGAUACAAUGGGGAUUCUUGUGUGAGAGUAGGCAUAGUUAUCAUGCUAUAUGGUUCUAUGUUGGUGGGCAUUCUUUUCCAAGAAUUUUGUUUAAAGAGACUUCCUAUGUAUACAUUCUCAUCUUCCAUUGUAGCUCACAAAAAAAUUUUCCACAGUAAAAGGGAUAAGGAGACUUCAUCACAUACAGUGAGAAUUAUUAAAAUUGAAAUAAAAAGAUCCAGAGACUUAAGAUCUGCAAUGUCAAAAUGCUGGAACUUUGUCAAGUGGCAGUGGUCAUUGUGCAGUCCACACCAGGUACUAAACUACUAAACCAUCUCUCAUCUCUUUUUCUUUUAAGAUUCAAUUUAUGAUUUUUAUCUUUGUGAGUGCACAUAAUAGUAUAGUUUGAAAUCAGAUGUCGGUCUGUGUGACCUAGUUCUUACUUUCUACCGUGUGGGUUCUGAGGACCACACCAGGUCCAUCAGUCUUGGUUGCAAGCACCUUUACCUGCUGAGCCAUGCCACAAUGUCCACAGAGCUCUGAGAGUUUUUGUUAAUCCUUUUUUAAAAAAUGGACUGAUGAAGUUCAGGCUGACCUUGAACUUAAGAGCUUUCUUCUCCCACCUCAUUUCCACCUGAUUACUAGGACGACAGGUUUCGAUACUGUGCCGUUUAUGCAUAGGUCUUGUUUGUGCUAAGCAACCGUUCUAUCCAAGGAGAGCCAUUUGAUAUGAAAGCAUUGAUGUAGCCAGUUCUUCAUACACUGAGAGCCACACUAAGACCGAGCCCCACAACCAAACCAAAACUAUGAACAAACACAAAAUUUCAUUUAA